GAUUCAUUAAUCUUCAGAUAAAGGGUGUUGAAAAAAAAAUCAAUAGAAAUUUUUGUAUGGUAAUUUUCUCUACUUCUUGAUCAGCAUCAAUAUUAAUAAUUCAUCAUAUUUCUCUUCAAAUAAACAGCUUUCUGAUUAAAACAGGAUACAUUGAUUUCCAUGAAGAGUAGUGAAUUUGGAAAAGAUUUUCUUCCUAAUGCUGCGGCAGGGACACUAGUAGAAACUGUCAAAGUAGUAUGUAAAUAUGCUAACCAGAUGAUCGAGUUGUCGAAAAAUAUGAAGAGAAACUAUGAAACAUUGAAGAGCGAAGCAGAAAAGCUUCAGGCCAGAAGAUGUGACUAUCAGAGCGCAGAAAGAGAAAGCUGCAGCUAUAACCUCUGGCUAGACAACGUGGAAGAGAUUUUAAAAAAGGUUGAAAGCUUAAAAAUGCGCUACCAAAACGAGAGAAAACUACCACUAAUGAAGUUCUCUGUGAUGCAUCGAGCAGGUUUCAGUGAUCAACUGCUGAAGGCAUACGAGGAAGUCCACAAACUUGUGGAAGAAGUUCCUUUUAACGCACGGCUGUUAAACUAGUUUUUUGAACAAAUUUGCAAGGCCGGAUUCGAACAGUUAAACUAGUUAUGUCCUUAUGUUAGUGUUGUGUGGUUGCAGUUGCUGUUAGUUUAUUUUGCUGAUUGGUGUAGCAAUUUAUUUUUACAGUUCGUAACUUCAUUUUUGUUUUAAG